AUGGAGCUGGUUGUAUCUGCAGUUGCAGGUGACCUAGUUAACCGAUUCAUGUCCUUCUUCAUCAGCAAGUACAAAACUGUAGAGCAGAUAGAGAAGAAGAUGAAAAGGCUGCAAGAUCUACUGAUUAGAGCCCAUAUGAUCGUCGAGGAGUCUGAGGUUCGAUACAUCACCAACUCAAAGAUGCUACUUCAGCUGCAGAAGCUUGUGGAGGUCAUGUACCAAGGCUACCAUGUUCUGGAUAUCAUCAAGUAUAGGACUCUUUGCAGCUCAAGGGCUGAUGAAAAUGAGGUUAGUAGCUUCAAUAUUAAUGAAUUGUCCUUCACCACUUGGAUCAAGCGACUUUGUUCCAUGAAGUGCACUGCUAAUAUUCCUGAGCUUCAAAUUACAUUGGAUAAUCUAGAAUCCACUGUUUCUAAUAUGAAAGAGUUUGUGUUACUUCUUGGGGGAUGUGAGCGCAUGUUCCGUAGCCCCUAUGAUUCCUAUGUUUACAUAGAUAACUUCAUGUUUGGUCGCCAUGUCGAAAAGCAGCUGGUCAUCAAUAUCUUGCAGCAGGAAAAUAUUCCUCCCUUCGCUCCAGCUGUUAUCCCAAUCAUAGGGGGUACUAGAGUGGGCAAGAAAACCCUGGUUGCACACAUUUGCAAUAACGAGAAAGUCAGGUCAAAAUUCUCAUCAAUCUUGCACAUGCGUGGUGAAAACAUCUUGAGAAUAGCGCAUGAAGUAGGAGCAGGGAGGUCCUUGGUAGUGAUUGAGUUUACCUCAGAUGUGGAAGAAAAGGAUUGGUUGAAGUUCUAUUCAUCAGUAAAGAAGAUGGGAAGAGGAAGCAAGAUCAUAAUAGUAAGUAGGAUUGCAAAAUUAUCAAGGUUUGGGACGGUAAAUCCAGUUUGUCUUAAUGCAUUGUCCAAUGAGGAGUAUAGCUACCUCUUCAAGGUUCUUGCAUUUGGAGGUACAAACCCUGAAGAACACCCUCAAUUGGCAGUAAUAGCUGGAGAUCUAGCUGUAGCUUUGGGAGGGUCGCUCAUCACAGCGAACGUAUGUGCUGAUAUGAUGAGGAAAAAUCAGGAUGUUCACUUCUGGAUCAGCAUAUUAAAAAAAUACAGGAAUGUGGUGCCGAAAAACUUCUCGGUGUUCGGUGAGCAUCCCAAGAAUCUUAUGGAUCAAGAUCAUCCUAUAGACAUAACCAGACUUGCAUCAUCGUCGCUGUCAUCGCCAUCAUCUGCUAAGCUUCGCCUAAUGCCUCCUCAUAGUGAAGUUGAUGAUUCCAAAACUGAAUUGCCCAAGGUGAUGUUUGGAGAUCUGAUUGCUGGCUCAGCUGUUCUGCCAUCGGGGGAUUUUGAACUAGUUGCGUGGGAAUCACCGUUACCCCCAUAUAAAAGGUUUGUAAACUUUGCUAGAUACUGUGAUGAGUCGAUCUCUCAGCAUCAUACAGCAUCAGCAGGCAAGAAGCGCAAACGGUUAGAUAAGUAA